UAUCUUACUGAGGAUCAGUUAACAUGCGCAAACAGAUCGAUGGCUUCAGGCAGACUGUCUGUUGCCAGAUCUGAGCCGACCAGCAAGCCACGACUGAGCCUCAGCCAGAUUCAUCUCACCCUGGAUGUGGUGGUAGCUAUGAGGUUGUGAAUGGGGUGGAACGGGCAAUCCUACCUUUUGAUGACAAGGAUAGUGAAAACAGGGGAGCGAAGAGCACAAUGCCAAAUGGAUCUUCAACCUUACCCUAUCUGAACAACUUCACUGUGCAAGGGGGGAAGGAGUAUGAUAAAGCCCUAACAGAAAGCACUCUGACAACCAAGGGCAAGAGACAUCUCACCUUUGAUACUCCAAUGUUUUGUCCAUGGUGCUGGUAGUAUAAAACCGGAGGGUUGUUUUGCUGAGGAAAACAUUGGUGUUCUUCCGGUGAAUAAUGAAGGAGAAGAAGACUCUCAUCCCGACCCAACUGGAUCUUGGAGACAAGGAUCAGCAGACAACUCCUGCACUGUCCAGGGUGAUGCCAGGGAUAUGGUGCCAGGAGAGCUUGUUGUUGGAGGUCUAAAUGAGAAUUCCAGCCUCCUCAACCCCAGUUCUGUUGAGCCAUCCCCAGUGGCGGUUCAGGCCCAGCCUGAGGAGUCCACUUCUCUCCAGUCUGAGAUCCAGCCACAAGAGAGUAGCCAUUCAUCUGAACCAGUCCCCAGACACCAGGGAGAGAGAAUGACAUGACCAAACCCAUGGAGUGCCAAGACAACAACCAAGGGGUGCUGGUCAUAGGAGGGACUUGCAGAGGUUGGGAGUGCCCCUGUCAUGCCACCUCCUGAUGACAGACACCGAGAGCUGUUGCCUGAUGCCAUAUAUCCGAACAUACUAGAUUUGUGACUGUGUAGUUGUUAGAAUACUUUGUUGGUUUACCUAGCUAGUUGUAAUGCUGGAACUUUCAAAUUUUUUAUAUGUGACAGGCUCUGCACAUACCGUAAUGUUCUACAUAAUUAUGCGCAAAACACACAAUAUUCAACUGCUCACGCUCGCUCACCAACAAUGUGUUGCAUUCCUCUAUAAUUUAUUAUGCUCUAAUC